CCUCCAGUCUGGUUCUUCAUGAAGCGCCGCUCUCUCAGCAGGAGCGCGUCCCCGGCCCGGCGUCUGUCACAUGGCUAAAUAUGGGAGCAGAAGAUCCAGUUUGCCGGUCAAAUAUGUGACACCGAGGCACCAGUAGUUUUAGGCUGAAUGUUUGUUCACUAAUUACGACAAAGAGGAACAUAAAUCCCGGGACAAAGGUCAGCUAACAUAACCUUGUGACUACCCGUAGGCAAGUUUCGCUUCUCCGUUAAGUUUUCUCUGAAGUCUGUUCCUGACAGUUGUUUACGGGACUGUUGAGAAGCGGAGAGGGCCAUGAGAGAAGUUUUAAUUUAGUACAGCUUUCGUUUCAUGGUUGUACUCAACUGCGCAACAAGUACUUAAAGUCCCCGGUUGUUGUUUUGGCCGAACAGCUGACUCACCGACUGGAGGCCGGGGCCGAGCUAUGUGUGAUCUUCAGGUUCCUCAUAGAUCCUCCGUGGGCUGAAGAUGAUCGGGUCACCGGACCUGCUGGCCUUCACCGCCACUGAGGAGUUUGGGGAAGCAGAGGAGGACCAUGAGGGUCUACCUGAGGAGCUCUCUGUCCCCCCUUUACCUCCACCCAACCCCUGGACCACCUCCGCCCAGUUUCACAGAGACUUCAUACUGGUGGCUGAAUUCUCAGAGCAGGUGGGACCCAAACCUGUGCUGACGAUACCAGAUGAUCCCAGAGUCAUCGGAUCAUUCGACCUCAACCACUUCUCUGUCCGCAUCAUGUCUGUGGACUACCAGGCGUCCGGCCCCUGCCAUGCCCCUCCUUCAUCCCCCGGCCCCCGCCUCAACUUCAGCGAGGACUCCAAAGUGGUUCUGGGAGAUUCAGCCCAAGACGCUUUCGCAUAUGUUCACCACAUGACCCUGUAUGACCUGGAGGCUCGGGGCAUGGUGCGUCCUUUCUGCAUGGCAUACGUGUGUUCAGACCAGAAGAAGCUGAUGGAGAACUUCUCUGAGCUGAUGACAAGCUUCUCUCAGGCCGCCGACAGCCUCAAGACAGGAAACAGACAAGCGUUUUCCAUGGAGCUGCAGAGGAAAUUACAGGAGCUUGAGUACACUCGGUUGACUCUGCAACAGGAGACAGAACUUCAGAGGACGGCAAAUGGGUUCACAGAGGACGGGGAAACAGCAGAUGAGCUUGAAGCUGUUGAGCGUUCAAUCCUGAAUCAUAGAGAUCUCCUACGCCAGGUCACUUCCUACCCAAACAGGAAGCUGAAACAGCCAGACUUCCUCCCUUAUGAUCCAGCCGACUCCCUCACUGACCCAACAGCGUUACUGCCUCCUGAGCCCUGUCUCUCUGUCUCCACCUCCACAUCCACCUCCUGCAGGUCUGAGCACCAUCUGAAGCCUCUGCAGGAGCUUUGCAACACUUACUUCCUGUCGCUGAUGAAGGAGCAGCUUGCUGACACAGAGCGGCGCCUACGUGGCGACAGGAGUGUGCUGCAAACUGCUCGUGUCACACGGUCGUUGUCUAGAAAACUCACAUUCAUCAACUUCCUGUUUGAGCUGUGGAGCCCCGAGGAUGGAGAUGAGGAGGAGCGAGAGAGCGCUGAGGCAGAGCUGCCGAGGGCGACAGGGAGUAAAGGCCGCGUCGAGAUGUUUCAGUCAGAGCCACUGAGCCUGGAGUCAUUCUGCUCCUGUGUGGAGGAGAUCCCCAUCAAACUGGAGGCAGAAGAGGCUGGGACAGUGACCCCUGACCCCAGUGUUGCCAUGGAGAUGACAGGAAGUGUGAGCAGCAGUGACAGUAUCGAGGUGCUCGGGACUGAGAAGUCUUAUCGGACGCAGCAUGUUGUCGCUGGAUCUGACAGCAGAGAAACACCAGUUGGGAUGACGGACACCUCCUACAGGAGACCCCCUUUAGAUUCAAACAUCAGGCGUGUGCAAGCGUACGCCAGACGAGCCAACAGUGAGGACAGCAUUGAGGUACUGAGUACCACAGAGUCCAUCAUCCCUGACGACCUCACUGCCAUCACAGAGGAAGAAGCAGAGCACCAGCCUCUGAGUAACGGCUUUAAGAGUGAGGAGACACCGGCAGAGUGUAAAUCUGAUGAUGUCCUCAAGGAGGAGAAGACACUGACUGCAACUAGUUUAGAAAGUGAGGGUGAAAACAAAGAGCCUGUUCAGGAGGACGACAGCUGUGUUGACAGAGAAGAGACUUUAAAGCAAAUAAGUGGUAAUGGUGAGGCUAUGAGCAAAGAGGAGCCGGUCACUGAAUGUUUGAGCAGCAAUCAAGUCAAUGAAGACAACAGUCCUGAGAAGACAUCCAAACUACUGCAAGCUGAAGAAGCUCUGGAGUCGACGCCCCAGUGGCCUGAAGUCCAUCAGACAAUGCUGUCAGUCCCUGACCUCCAAGUCAGCUUCGCCCCUGCUGUUGCCCUGGCUGAGGUUGAUCGGUGGCCUCCGCCCUGCGCUCCUCUCAGGCUGCUGAGCGUCGACGAGGCAUCCGACUGCACCAGCUUCACCGGCUCCUCGGAGCCACCUUCUCCCACUCAAAACGUCCAUAGCAACACCCGCUGGGAUCAGAAGAGGAGACGGAAGGCUGGACUCAGAGCCCUCAGGUUCCUCAAACAGAACUCAUUCUCCCAGCAUGCCGUGUUUUGUCUCCUGAGUGGGCGGCCGCUGGUCGUCAUCGGAGGAGAUGAGAGUUUUGUCAAAAAACUGGUGGACGCUCUGAGUCUCUUCCUGCCUGCUCCUGGUCCUGAUGGAAACGCUGUGAUGCUGUGUUUGACCACGCCGCUGCAACUGACAGACCUGCUCACCUGGAGACUGAUAGGAAUACACAGAUCGUCCUCCAGCUCUUCAGCCAGCAUUCUGCACUCUCUGACUCGCUACAGUCGUUAUCUGGCCUUGUUGGAUCUGGACCAGAGGACGCUGCGCUGUCCGUCAUACUCCGGCUCUCUCGUCAGCAGACUGGCCGACCCUCACACCAGCAUCAGCCGAGGCAUCACGUACCUGCUGCACCUGGAGAGCGGCCUGACCGCGCUCGCCAACAAGGCUCUGCUGUACACAUUUAAUCCCGCUUUACAACGUUCAAACACUGCUGGAAGGAAAGAUGGCACAGGAGAAGCGGACUUCCUGCUCAUGCGGGGAUUCUGCAGCAGUGAGUACGACUUGAGAGUGAUGCAUUUCCUGUGUGACCUCAUCAAACAGCGCCACGCAGGACGUGGACCACCGGUGUUAAGUUUCUGUUAUAGCUCAAUGCAGCUGCACAGAAACACACAUGCAGCAUGAGCCCUGGAUGGACAGAAACAAUUUACAAGUCAUAAAGAUAUUUGCAACUAAAUGCACUGAUUUCUUAUAAUCGUCACUAAAGAAUCAUGUUUAUAUGUUUUUAUCUGCAGUGUUAAGUGUUAGUGUGUAUGCACGAUUUUUACUCCAUGAUGCUGUGAGUCACGAAUCCCUCGAUCACUGGACACAAAUGCACUAGUGCCUCACCAGCACCGAAGACUUUUACAUGCAGGCUGCCUCAACAGAUCAAGAACUUUUUUUAUGGGCGUGUGUUUUUAAAAAUGAAGGCUUAUUACUGAAUCUCAUGUGAACUGUGUUUAAUUUAAGCAGGCAAAAGAGAUUACUGUUAAACCAGCAUUGUAAUAUUACUCAUAGUUUGUGGAUCUCACUGGUCCAGCACUAUGUGGACUGUUCAUGAUUUACUUUUAGAAGCACUGUUGACUGUGACUAGUCUGUCAAGCCUGCUGCUCUGUCAUUUAACAUGUAACCAGCUUUGCUGCAGUGAAGAAUAAGCUCAGACUCUCAGAGCUUAUAACAGCUUUAAGCCAAGUUUAACAUGACUGCUCAGUUAAAAUGCUUUGAUAAAGAUAGACUACAGCCUGAAAAUUAUGUCUACUAAUGAUACCACAGUGUUAGUCUAUAUUAUACUGUAGUGGGACUUAAUCUUACAAGUUCAUGUGCCUUAUUUUGGCCUCACCAGCCUACUUUACCAACAACUUAACACACACGCCCUCUUAGCACCAGUUGGACAUGUAGCUCAGUUACUGUCAACUGGAAAAGUUCGACAUUAAGGGAAAUAUGUCCCACUGAGAGUUAGAUCACUUAUUUUUUUGCACAAUUUAAAAUACACAAAAUACCAACAAUAACAAAUUAUAUUAGGUGCAGGGAGAGGCACAAACCACAGAGGGCUUAUAGAGUGCUGCAGGGAUGACAUUUUUUCGUAGGGCGAUGGUCCCUUGUCAAAAAGCCUGUGAGAUUUUUCCUUUGGAUUAUUACAGAAAAUAAACACUGUGGAAAACAAAAGUUCAUAUUUACACGUUUUGAUCGACAAGACAGUCUUCACAUAUAAACACCACUUUCAUUAGUUUUGAAGUGUAAAUUCAAUCACCAGAAGUAAAAAGCUCACUUUAGGCUACACUAUGGUUGCAUGACUUGGUGUCGCCACCACAAUGAGGCUGUGAAGUCAUGUUCAGCUUGAUGACGCUCUAUAGUCUCAUUUAGUCAUUUUAGAGCAACCGCCCUUUUAAAGACACUUAAAAUUUACAAGUGGGGUAUUUACUGGCAUUUUUUAUAGAAGAAAAUGUGAAAGUCUCUUACGCUUAUAUUAACCACAGACCUUAUUUCAGGCAUCUGGCUGGGUUUUAGGCAAGGAAACUAUAAAUUAUGGUUUCCCUGGUUUUAGGACUCAUUCCUGCACCAGUGUAUUCGCAUCCUCCACCUAAAUAGUGUUAACAUUUCAGUGUUAUAUUGGACACCAAAAUCAACGUACCAUAUGAUAAAAAAUUUUUAACAUAACAAUCUGAGCAGCAGAAAUUUCAGUUCAAACCAUUCCACUGCACAGUGACUUAAGAUCAAUUAAAGCAUGUGGACUGCAGGUUUUAGCUUAACAUCAGUGAAUACAGUAAUGUUUAAAAAUACGAGACCUGAGUUUGAACAUAGACUUGGUUAAAGUGUGAUUUGUUCUGACAGCACCAGUUUAAUAUCAUGGCUUUGACUGUAAACUGCAGCUGAUGACAGAGCAACAGCCUCCUUCUGUUUUUACAUUGUACUUUUAUGUUUGUUGUUUUAUUGAUGCAAAUAUGAGCCGAUUUUUAGUGUGUGUAUAUUUACUCAGCAAUCUAUUAUUUAGUCAGCAAUCCAGAGUCAUUUUUUUGGUCAGGUUUUCCAUUUAUUUUCCAACAUAACAUGAUUGCCUUUUGUGAACAUUUGUGAUAAAAUUGAAUAUCAAAAAUUAUUUUCAGAGAAUAAUUAAACACCACUAAAUUAAAAACAAAAAUUCACAGUGCAGAAACAAAACUUGUAUCCAGUAUAGACUUCACGUACUGAAGUCAUUAAAGAAGGAAGCAACAUAAAGUGUCUCCAUAAUGUUAAUAAAUUCUGGUCGACAAUGA